GGAAAAAUGGGAGAAGCAGAAGCCUUUCUUUUUACCUUUAACCCGAAAAGGAAAAGUCGCGUCUUUUCAAUUUUUUUUGUAAUCUUUGCAAUCUAUGAUGCACUCUCAUCAAGAAAUACUCACUUUGAUUGUAUAAAAAGCAGGAUCAAUCAUGAUCAACGUUGACCGUAAUUCCCAUAAUCCCAGCUGAAACGAAUGCACCGUCCUGGAUUAUUUUCCGGUAUCGCUAAAAGUAACAUCGACGGAUCCGUGGAAAUGAUAAUUCGUGGGUAAACGCAGGGAACGAACAGUAUUUUAUUCCAUUUCCAUUCGGAUGCUGCGCCGGAUAAAACGGUUUUGUUUAUUCGGGCCUGAUCGAUAGAAUCGUGUGUUCUGCGGAGCAAAUGUGGAAAUCCGUGAUCGCUCAAUAUUUUUUGCAUUUCUGUGCCAGAGAUCUAGUAAAAAAUUGAAAUUUGAUUUCGGAGUUUGGGGUCGUUUGAAAAUGUGGAGCACACGAGGAUUCGGGAUCGAUCCCGUUGGUCGGCUACCUUCAUAAUACCCUCGUCUACCCUCUCAUCCAUAAUCAUGAGUAUGCGUGACAUACAUAUGCCCCGCGGGCAUCCCCCAACAGUUGCAACCUCUUUUGCCUCCCCCUCUCGAAAGGAUCGUUAGCACGAAAUAACGUCGGUGAAGGAUAUCCCCCGUUUGUUCAAAGGUCAAGAGUCCAUCCGAGGUCGCGACCACUCUCCCGCUUUCUUUUAUUUCCUCCUUCCAUCCUCCCCCAUCCUUUCCAUCCUUCGAGACAAAACAAAAGUCGUACUAUUUGAAUACAAAUUUACCUCAUAUUUUGUGCUACCGAAAACACCGCGGAGUCGACGUUGAAGUUUGCAGCGUCGGGUUCCAACGAAAUGAGCGAAAAUUGCAUUUGUAAUUGCCCAAUUUUUUAUUUCGCGAAGUAUCGGUGCAGCUUGAGAAACCACAAAUAGCAAAUUCUUUGUGAAACGAAAAAGGAGAAUUACUGGAAUAAUUGGAGGGUUUUUGCGUCAUUUCGUUGGACUCCGACCUCGCAAACUUCGGUGUCGUCCUAUCAACAUUUUUUCCCUCCACCAUUCGAAUAAAAACUGAUCCGCGAUUCGAGAGGCGAGAACCGCGUGUCCGCGACCGUACGUGGGUGUACACACUUCGAUACGAGAGCCUUGAUUUUGAGUUGGUCACGCAAGAUCGAUCGCUCCCAAGGAUAUGGACGCUCCAAAUUUCUCCCUCAAACUUAGAUGCACGCUUUGACCGAUUGCAAGAAAGCCCUGUCAGCGAACGACGGUGGAAUUCAAGUCCCCCGCGCUCACGUACAGCGACACAUCGACCGAUCCUCUUAUUUGUAAUAAAAAUGUAUCAUUGGCAAGAAAAAAUCUCCCGAUGCAAGCAUUCAAAUCAAUUCCAUCGACUCCAAUUUAUUUGAAAAGGGAAAAGAAAAAAUAGGAGAUCGCGACCUCUUUAAAAAUUACUCGGGUAUUGGGCCGGAGAUAAAAAAAAAAAAAACAAAAAAAAAGUCUUUGAUAGGAAACGAGGCUGAAAGCUCGCUCGAACGUUCGCGGAGACUCGUGUGUGAAACGAAUAACGAUGAAAGGAUGAAAGUUCUGGCCGCAAUUCCGUGAUUACACGAAGCAAUCACGACUGCUCAAAUAUACGUGUAUAGUCAGCCGCAACGCUAGCUUUUCUUUUCAAGCUCGAAGCAAAUUUUUUCCGCGCUCCCUAUACUUAUUUUUUUAAAGCUAGUUCGAGGUGCGCGCGCGCACACACGAUUGUGCAAAUCGUAACAUGAAAUCUCAAUUUUUUUUCUCUCAUUCCGAGUUUUUUCCUUUUAUUUCUUCAGUUCUCUUCCUUCCCGGCGUGCUCCUUCAAUGAUAAAUUUAUCUCGCGAUUCCUUCCUUUUUCUCUUUCCUCUUUCAAGCACCUCGAGAAUCUCGUGUUCGAGACUGUGUAUAAACCCGUAGCUGAUAGAACCAGGUCACGAACGCUUACAACUUUUUCGCCACACUUUCCGGACCGCGGUUCAAGUAACGAUUUUCCUUCCUUUCUUUUUUCAAUUGUACCUUUUUUCUCUCUUUUGUCUUCACUUUAUUUUACAAGCGCGGGCAACGUGCUUUCUGUGCCAAACUCGUCUCUCUCUGUUUCUCCGUCUCUUCCUCGACGCUCGAUAUUAUGACACAGAGAGCAAGAGAGAGAGAGAGAGAGAGAGAGCUUCGUCCACUCGCUGUUUACUGUUUAUUUUCAUUUAAUCAUUUCUAAAACUGAAAUCAAUUGCUGACCGCGCGCUCGAGUUCCGAUUGAAAGAGGGCAAAAAAUGUAAAAUAUCAACAGAUAAUAAUAUCGAACGCCGCGAACGGAGAAGGAUUCCUGAAAACAGUCGAAGAGGAGUGAAAAAACGUGAAGAAAAAAAAUAUCUUAAACGUAGGAAGAAGCCCAGCAGCAGCAACUCGUAGUGAGAAUAGUCAGAGGAUCGUACGAUGCCGAAUAAUAAAAAGCACGCGAGUCGCGACAAGGAUUUUUUCGUCGAUGAAAUAUCGUCGAUCGGUAUGUCCCUGCGACCCAGCGGCAGUGCCUCGUCCGGAAUCUCGAGUCUGGCGAGUUGCGGGGAGGUCGAGGCGCUGCCCGAGCUACCACCGCAGGAUGAGGAACGUCUGCAACGAGCGGCAAGAUUGUUGCAACAGAGGCUGGUUUUACGACAGUGGUUAACGGAUCACGGUCUCAAUGUUCAUUAUCAAAAGCUGAUGCAAAUGGAAGUAGUAUCUCUUGAAGACGUUUACGGGGUGCAAGAUAACGAGGUACGCGGUGUACUUGGAAAGGACUUGCAGCGAUGGAUCCAGGCUCGACAGACGCUGCCCACUUCGAAGGACAUUUUGGAAGCCCUCAAGGCUGAUCUUUGGAGCUCGGUCGUUAAAAAUAGUCAACACCAAGAUGCCUGGACUUGGGGUGGAAUGCUAGUGGUGUCGGUGUCGGUCGCGGGUUUGGUUACCCUUGCGGCUAUGACACAGCCUGCCCUGGCCCCCGAAGCAAAACACUCGCUACUCCAGUACGUUACGGGAAAGUAUUUGUUGCCCAGUAACUGCCGGGUACAUUUCGAGUGGGAGGAGCCACAGUUGGUCGGUGAAACUAUGACUUUCACCGUGAAGUUUUAUCAACGCAACGGUCAACCCUAUCCGAUAUGUGACAAGGACAAUCUAAUAGUGGAGGUUACGGAGGGAGCGCGAAGAGUGGCAACCCUCAUUGAAUUAGGAGGGACGGAUCCUCUCGCUGCGAAUACCGCGGUCGUAAAAUUCACCGUACGUCAUGCCGGACAGUACAGGAUCGCGGUACUCAUCGGCUCCUGUCACGUACACGGCAGUCCGUUCCUCAAAACUUUUCUUCCCGGACCCCCCGAUCCCAAUAAAACGGUGUUUGUACGACAGAGCUCGACGGUCGUUUGUACCGCUGGAAUCGCACAUUCCAUGACUAUAGAGCCCCGAGACGAGUACGAUAAUUUGUGCUUGUUUGGAAGCGGCGAAGAACCUACCGACGGAUACCACGUCAAUAUAACUCGCAUUGGCAGUACUUGCGAGGAAGGACUACAACCGGAGGGAUGCACGAUAAGCCUCGAAUACGAUUGCCCGAACCAGAGGAUUCGUCUUAAAGUUGGAUUCCCGAAAGGGGGAUGUUAUCACGCCACCGUCAGUCUCUCAGGCCUACAACUACACAAUGGAGAUUUUGAUAUUAUCGUCCUCGAGGGUCCCGUUGCGAGAAUGGUUCACAACAACGUGGCUUCGAAAGACCCUGACAUUUGUUACGCGGCCAAGCUACUCGGAAUGCAAGGGGAAAAGUUUUCCAAGCCGAAAAAAGUAUUUUGCUUCAUAUCCCCGAAACAGUUGACCAUCAAGGAAUACCUGCUCAAGUUUAUACCGAAGAGACUCGUCACUUUUAGACUCUGUCCUUCGACCAAGUUCCAUUUUGAGAGUUGGAGUAAUCAACACGAGGGUUACGACUCGUUCUCGAUAGACGACGGUUGCCAACCACCGAUCCAACUCAUAUCUCACUAUCGUGACGUUAUCGCCGCUACCUUUACUCUAUUUUUAUUGAAAAAUAUUGGAGGAAGCGAAACUUUCGCGGACAAACAAGACUUCUUUUAUCACGAAGUGAGGAAACACCAUCAGAAGCACUAUCACGAGAAGCUCUCGAUGAAGGUUCAACGGGACAAACUCUUGGAAUCGUCGAUGAAGGCGACCAAAGGAUUUUCCGUUAGCGAAUGGUGUAGAAAUUUUGAAAUUACUUUCCAAGGAGAACAAGGAGUCGACUGGGGCGGUGUAAGACGAGAAUGGUUCGAGUUGAUAUGCGCCUCCCUCUUCGACGCCGGUAACGGUUUGUUCGCAUCCUUCGGAGAAUCCCAGCAGGCUCUGGUACAUCCGAACAACAAAAGGCCCCCGAAUUUGAAACUGAAACACUACGAAUUCGCUGGUCGUAUCGUAGGGAAGUGUCUCUACGAGUCUGCGCUCGGUGGUUCUUAUCGGCAAUUGGUACGAGCUCGUUUCACUCGUUCCUUUCUCGCUCAAAUAAUCGGCCUUAGAGUUCAUUACAAAUACUUCGAGCAAGACGAUCCCGAUCUUUACUUGAGCAAAGUAAAAUACAUACUGGAGAAUGACGUCGAGGAAAUGGAGCUGUAUUUCGUCGAGGAGGAAUACGACAAGGACGGCCAAUUGUUGAAAGUCGCCGAGCUCAUUCCAGGCGGUUCGAAACUUCGCGUUACCAAUGAUACGAAAUUACGUUAUCUCGAUGCGCUCGCUCAACAUCGUCUCGCCAGUUCUAUACGCAACGAAGUCGAUCAUUUUCUACGUGGCCUCAACGAUCUCAUUCCUGACAACUUGUUGGGAAUAUUCGACGAGAACGAGCUCGAAUUAUUAUUGUGCGGAACUGGUGAAUACAGCGUGGCUGAUUUGCGAGCUCAUCACAUCGUAAACGGCAGCUCCCCGGAGUUUCUUCGUGUCCUCGAUUGGUAUUGGACAGCGGUUAGUAAUUUUACACAAGAAGAAAUGGCUCGAUUGCUUCAAUUUACAACGGGAUGCUCGCAACUUCCGCCGGGUGGAUUCCAACAACUGAGCCCGCGUUUCCAAAUCACAGCGGCUCCGACUUUCGCCAAUCUUCCAACCGCUCAUACUUGUUUCAAUCAACUAUGCCUUCCGGAUUACGAGUGUUACGAUCACUUUGAAAGGGCGUUACUACUCGCCAUCAGCGAAGGGACCGAAGGUUUUGGGAUGAUUUAAAGAAAAAAUUAACAUUACCGCAAACACAGGCAUCUCGUUGUUACAAUGACGAUCUAGUCGGCGACAUCUAGUUCGGUAAUAAAAAUAGAGAAAUACGCUCGAA